AUGUUGAAAACGAUACUUCUGUCAGCUGCAUUUGUAGCUGUUCUUCUUGCAGUUGACAUCCCUGAACAGCACACCGGACGGCAAAACUAUAAGGUACUUUUUUUGUUUCAAUUUAUAUAUACGCAUUUUUAGGUUUCUGGAACGCUGAUGUGCGGCAGUGAACCUGCGAAAAACGUUAGAGUGAAGCUUGUUGAUGACGAUUUCGGUGAGAUUUUUGUACGAAUCCAAAUUGAAGUCUGAGAAGUCAUUUUCCUAUGCUCUUAAAGAAUACAACAUUGAUACAAUUUUCAAAAAAAAAGGCAAAACUUUCCGUUCAUUUUGCUGUUUUCCAUCUGGUUAAAAGUUCCACUUGUUCGUAACUUGAAAUCGAAGGGAACUUUAGAAAACGAUCCGUUUUUCCAUAGGAACCUUGAGCCACUUCAAACUGUUCACAACAUUAAAUUGAAGCCUCGAGAAGUUUUUUUUCUGCAUAACUUCCUUAGAAUUGGUUGAUUUCAUGCGGUUCUCUUCCAAAAAGAAUGAAUAUUACGGUUUAAAGUUGUAUCCUUAUUGGAAGGUAUUCUAAUCAUAGUUUAUUUUGUGCUCGAAAAAGAAGCUCAUUCUUUGACUUAUGACCUUUCAAUAAGGAUACAAAAGUGACCCUGUAUUUGCGCCAAAAAAUUAAUCAUAAGUUUGAGACUCUUGAUUUCAUCAAAGUAGGUAUUGUUCAGGUAGAACUGUUUGAUGAUAUUUUCCAAGUUUUUCAAUUUUUUUGUCAGGCCCUGAUCCGGAUGACGAGCUCGAUGCCGGAUACACAAAUGAGAAUGGAUACUUCGAGUUGUCCGGUUUCACAACUGAAAUGACCACGAUCGAUCCUCAUCUCAAGGUCUACCACGACUGCAACGACGGCAUUGUUGUAAGUGCCCGGUUCACAAAAAGUUUAAGAAGCAAAUUAAUAGCCAUGUCAACGCCGAUGGAAAUUCGAGCUCCCUAACAAGUACAUCACCAACGGUUUGUUUCUUUUAUUACUUUUUCUAUUGCUCUUUCGAACAGUUUCAGCAGGAGUCGACAAGAAGUUGAACAUCGGAACGUGGAACUUGGAAGGGAUCAUGCCUGGAGAAAGCCGCGAUUGCCUUCAUAAAUAA